AUGAAGGAAAUCAUGGCCCAAAAAGAGAAGCUUCAAUGCCUGAAGGACUUCCACAAGGACACGCUGAAACCCUCGCCGGGGAAGAGCCCCGGCACCAGGCCCGAAGACGAGGCGGAAGGCAAGGCGCCGCAGAGGGAGAAGUGGGCCAGCAAGCUGGACUUUGUCUUGUCCGUCGCCGGAGGCUUCGUGGGACUCGGAAACGUCUGGCGUUUCCCUUACCUUUGUUACAAGAACGGCGGAGGUGCCUUCCUCAUCCCUUACUUCAUCUUCCUGAUUGGGGGAGGCCUGCCGGUCUUCUUCCUGGAAGUGGCGCUGGGCCAGUACACCUCAGAAGGAGGCAUCACCUGCUGGGCCAAACUCUGCCCCAUCUUCACGGGCAUCGGCUACGCCUCGAUCGUGAUCGUCUCCCUGCUGAACAUCUACUACAUCGUGAUCUUGGCCUGGGGCCUCUACUACCUGUUUCAGUGCUUUCAGGCCGAGCUCCCCUGGGCCAAAUGCAAACAGCCCUGGAACACGGAACAGUGCGUGGAGGACACCGUUCGAAAGAACAAGUCCCUUUGGCUGCUGGCCAACGGCACCAACUUUACUUCCCCCGUGACGGAGUUCUGGGAGCGCAACGUCCUGAGCAUCUCGUCCGGGAUCGAAGACAUCGGACCCCUCAAGUGGGAUCUGGCCCUCUGUCUCUUAGCGGUGUGGGUUAUCUGCUUCUUCUGCAUCUGGAAAGGAGUCAAGUCCACUGGAAAAGUCGUGUACAUCACCGCGACGUUCCCGUUUGUGAUGCUGAUUGUGCUGCUCGUACGAGGAGUCACCCUGCCGGGGGCGGCGGAGGGCAUCAAAUUCUACCUUUACCCUGAUUUGACGCGCCUGCGGGACCCAGAGGUGUGGAUUGACGCGGGGACCCAGAUUUUCUUCUCCUACGCCAUUUGCUUGGGUGCCAUGACGUCCUUGGGCAGCUACAACAAGUACAAGUACAACUGCUACAGGGACUGUUUGCUGCUGGGAGUCCUCAACAGCGGUACCAGCUUUGUGUCGGGCUUCGCAAUAUUUUCCGUCCUGGGCUUCAUGGCGCAAGAACAAGGGGUGGACAUUGCCGAUGUGGCAGAGUCAGGUCCCGGCUUGGCCUUCAUCGCUUACCCGAAAGCGGUGUCCAUGAUGCCGCUGCCAACUUUCUGGGCCAUCCUCUUCUUCAUCAUGCUGCUGCUCCUCGGUCUGGACAGCCAGUUUGUGGAAGUGGAAGGCCAGAUCACGUCCAUCGUGGAUCUGUACCCGGCCCUCCUCAGGAAGGGGUACCGGCGAGAGAUCUUCAUCGCCAUCAUGUGUUUCCUCAGCUAUCUCCUGGGACUUGCCAUGGUGACCAAGGGCGGCAUGUACGUCUUUCAACUCUUCGACUACUAUGCGGCCAGCGGCGUGUGCCUGUUGUGGGUUGCGUUUUUCGAAUGCAUCGCUGUCGCCUGGGUUUACGGAGUUGAUAAUUUCUACGAUGGAGUUGAGGAUAUGAUUGGCUACAGACCGAACCCGUGGAUGAAAUGGAGCUGGACCAUCAUCACGCCGGUCCUCUGCAUGGGCUGUUUUGUCUUCUCGCUGGUCAAGUACAAGCCUUUGACCUACAACAAAGUGUACGAAUACCCCGACUGGGCCAUCGGCCUGGGCUGGUGCUUGGCCUUGGCCUCCAUGAUCUGCAUCCCCAUGGUGAUGGUCAUCAAGAUCUUGCAAUCCGAGGGACCCCUCAUUGAGCGGAUCAAAGCGGUGGCGGCCCCGGCGAAGUCGGGCGUGAGCUCCCGGCCCAAAGAGUACGCGGCGGCGGCGGCGAAAGGCAGCGAGCUGACGCAGCCCCUGGACCCCAACGGGAACAACGGCUCGGUCAAGGCCACCCACACCAUUGUCGAAACCACCAUGUGAGCGCUCUCUGUGAGAGGAAGACCAUCCGUGCGCUUUGCGUGUUCUUCUCCGAUUUGCUGACGUUGGUCGCUUUGCGUCCACCGGCGCAAUUCACCUUCCAGAUUUUGUGCUUUGAUAUCAAUGAGGAGAAUUAGCGAGCUAUCUAUCUAUCUAUCUAUCGAUCCAUCUUCUCUCUCUCAAUGUGAUUUUUGUACCAUAUCCACGUGGCUCAUGUUUCAACUGUUCCGGCUUGCAGUCGGCACUGACGCUAGAUUUGUACGUAGAACUUGUUUCAUGUUUACGACCUUUCUUCUUGUUGAUUCCGGAGAGAUGAGGAAUUGUUGCGGCCGAUAAAGAAGCAGGAAUGAAAUUCUCACUUCUCUUCAAUUCGGCCGACCGGAUGUAUCGUGAAGUCGGGCGGGCGGGCGGGCGGGCGUGGCGCCGACGCGCCAGACGACGGCGCCCGCCGCUUUCGUACUUGAGCUCAGUUGUCACGCUCACCCAAAUCGCAAGUGAUCUCGUCUGCCGGUGAGCUCGCGGUGCUUAGCGUAUAUGACGGACAAACGCAGACCAUGUACGACGCGGCGUUUUUUAGUGGAGGC